AUGACCGAUUCUGACGGUCCCGCCAGUUUCCAUGAUAUUGGCGACAAAUACGGCACCGACAAAGUGAAAGAGCGCAAUUACUGGUUCUUGUAUGACAAGUACCUACCCCCAAUCAGGAAUCAAAGAGUCAAGAUGCUUGAGAUUGGGUUGGGCUGUGACAUGGCCGACGGCCCUGGAGCAUCGUAUUAUACCUGGCUCGAAUACUUUUCUCACGUUGAGCUGUACUAUAUCGAAUCUGAUGCUGAGUGUGCCAGAAAGUGGGCGGCCAAAACAACUGGUGCAAAAAUCUACGUAGGGGGCUUGGCAGAUAAGAGCUUUCUACAUACGUUCAUCGACGAGACCGGCGGGGAGUUUGACCUUGUUAUCGACGGCGGCGGACACAGGAUGUCCCAGCAGAUGACCUUACUUGAGAUGCUGUGGAAGAUUAUCAAGCCCGGUGGCAUGUACUUCGUCGAAGAUCUGGAGACUUCGUACGUCGACCGGUUGGGCGGCGACCAAUCAGGGGGCAAAGACUCCAAGAUCAAGACCAUGGCCAAGUACAUCUACGAGUUGAUGGACGACAUGUUUCAAGCAGACGGGGCCAAGCACACUAUUGGCAUGCAUAUGAGAGGCAUCGAGUGCCAGAGGCAAAUCUGCGUCUUUGUCAAGAAGGACAUGUCAGUGAUCUGA